GUUUAUGACUUGUCAAGACGGUUUCGCUGUGGUUCCUUGGCCUAUCCGAGUGCGAUAUCAAUAUUUCAUAAGCCGUAGCCUCCAGGCAGACCAUCUAAGAUCGCCCGCCGAACGCCGAGCCGCGCCGCCAGCGCCAUCUGCCGGCCCCCCACCCAACCGCCGUUGGACGCCUGCGUGAAUAGGGACGCCGUGCAACCGCGCCCGAGCCCAUGGACGCCAGUACGCUCGCAACCAUGGACAAGGAUGCGUUGAAGAAGCAGAUAGAGAACAUGAAGUACCAGGCGUCGAUGGAGCGCUGGCCCCUGUCGAAGUCCAUCGCAGCGAUGAGGGAGUACGUGGAGGAGAACGAGAAGAACGACCCCCUGAUCCACGCGCCCGACAAGAAGAACAACCCGUGGGCGGAGAAGGGCAAGUGCGUCAUCAUGUAGAAUUUUCCCCGGCUGCUCCUCAGUUUCAUCAUUAUUAUCUUCCCACUACUAACCCUCGUUUACCUUCAGUUCAGCAGUUUGUUGUUAGACAGUCUCGCAGUACUCACCUUCGAACUCUCCAAGGUCAUCCCGUCGGGGCCCUAGUCGGCCUCCCCGAGGCACACCUCGCGGGACUGUACGAAAUUGUUACAGACAAACAUUGUUAUGUAGUUUAAAUCAUUCGUAUUGUGCAUGUCUUUUAAUGUGGAUUUUUUAUUCCUAUGAGACAACAAUCAGAACAAUUUUGAAUGUUAAUAUACAGGAUGUUCGUAUGUUUCAGUACUUAAAUUAGGUGUGUAGAGACUCCGGAACGUCCUGUUGCGAUCCCUCUCUUCAUAUCUCUCACUAACUAGCAUUGCGGUGAUGUUGGACCGAAAUAGAAGUAUUGCAGUCACUGUUAAUGUUCGGGGGAAGCAACAGGACCUUUCUAGUGAUUUUUCUGUUAGUUUUGUACAGUUUUCGUUAAUUUUAAGCGUUUACCAAGACUUUUGUUAGCAUUGUUUCACGCAGACUUAUUCCAAAUUGUAUUUAUAUAGGUGUAGUCUAGUCAGAAAGAUAUCCAGAACUCUUAACAGAACCCAGCUCGUGCCGACAACCCUCUGACGCGACGUUAAGAUUAAAAUAUAUCCUAGCCGUUUUAUUUGUCAUAUAAAGACCCCGUUAUUUUUCAGAUUUGGACUGAGAGCAAACGCGGUUUUCGGAAAUAACACGGAAAUAAAGCAGCAACUUCCUCCUACCACCAAAGCGUUGAUAUUUUCGAAAAUCCCGCCUCGUCCAACUUUGACAGACACAUCCAGCGUUAGAGUGACAGUAUAAAACGAAGAAGUAUUUAAAUUCCAUUUAAAUAUGUUUAAAUUUUGCGGUGCAGCCGCGCUAAAAGACUUGUCCCCGGUGUCUGUCUAGAAGGAGACUUCGUUUUGGACACCCCUCGCUAAAAACGAUACUUAAACAAAAAGAAUAAACAUUAAGAGAGAUAGAUGACUGUCACCCGGCAACAACGACGAAGAUCUUAACUCAAUAUUUAACUUACGAUAGCUUUAUUUUGCUUUGAGCUUGAAGGGAUGCCGCUUGGACCAGGAAAAUUGAAGCCUACAACAAUUUAUUCACGUCAAAGUGGCAUCUGACAUAACCUUAAGAGUUUUAACUAAUAUAGCGUCUAAGCUUACCUGGCAUCUCCCUAUCGAUGUCCCAGGCAUAAAUAAUCGAGCCGUAGAGUAGUUAUGUAUCUUAUUAAGUAGAAUAGUUUUGAAAGAUGUUCUAAAAUCGACCCCGUAACUUGUACCAUUGCGGGGCACUUUAAAAGCGUAUAUCUAUAUAAUAUAUAAAGUUGUUAUUAUAUGUAGGAGAUAAAAAAAAGUACAAGUUAAAGUUAAACAUAACAAUAUUAUCGAAAAAAAAAGGAUUUGACGAUUUCUGUAAUUCAGAACUACGCCCGAUUGUGACGAUUAACUCUGUUGGACCCGGAUUGGGUUCUGUUGGGGGACACUGGGUAUUCUUUUAUUUUAUAAGUAAUGUAAGUAAUAUUCAAGUAUGUAAUUUUAACAUUGUAAACGUCGUAAUAUUGAGAUAAUAAAUUAUAGUAAAAUUAG